CAGGGUGAAUCCCGAGGGGCCGGGUCGUGCCCGGGGGCGCUUCGGAUCACGGAGCAGCCGCCGGAACAGGAUCUACCCCGUGGAGAGGUUCUCAGCAGGACUACUGGUUGACAUUUGAGGAGGGAAACAGUUACAGAAGACUGAGGUUCAAGGCUGGAAGCCCACGUGAUUGCCCCAAGAGCUUUGAUGAUGGCUGCAGAGGUUCCGAGAGUAACCAACCCCCUGAGCCCCUUGGUGGAGGUGCCUCAAGGGGAAGAGGAACAGGAGGAGGUCACCACCAUGAUCCUGGAAGAAGACUCCUGGGUGCAGGAAGCUGUGCUGCAGGAGGACGGCCCUGAGUCUGACAAGGGCAGCCCCCAGGAGGUGGCUGGGGGGCCCCAGGGUGCACUCAGCCGCCUUCGAGAGCUCUGUAGACGCUGGCUGAGGUCAGAGGUGCACACCAAGGAGCAGAUGCUGACGGUCCUGCCAAGGGAAAUUCAGGCCUGGCUGCAAGAACAUCGGCCAGAAAGCAGCGAGGAGGCAGUGGCGCUGAUGGAAGACUUGACCCAGACUCUUCAAGACAGUGAUUUCGAGAUCCAGAGUGAAAAUGGGGAGAGCUCUCAUCAAGACAUGUUCGAGGAAGUUGAAUCACAUGAGGUCUUCUCAGAAAUGCCUGAAGAGGAUGACGUUCAGCAAUGUGCCUGGGGUGGUGACUUUGAGAGAGACUAUGGCUCUAGGAGGCCCCAGGGCAAUGCCCCGGGGGAGGACCACGUGGACAUGGCAUCCCAGGGCAGAGAAGCUGGACAGCUUAUAGGCCUUCAGGGCACUUACCUGGGUGAGAAGCCCUAUGAAUGUCCCCAGUGUGGGAAAACCUUCAGCCGGAAAUCCCAUCUCAUCACACACGAGCGCACCCACACAGGAGAGAAAUACUACAAAUGUGACGAAUGCGGAAAGAGCUUUAGUGACGGUUCCAACUUCAGUAGGCACCAAACGACUCACACUGGGGAGAAGCCUUAUAAAUGCAGGGACUGUGGAAAAAGCUUUAGCAGGAGUGCCAACCUUAUAACCCACCAGAGGAUCCACACAGGAGAGAAACCCUUUCAGUGCGCCGAGUGCGGCAAGAGUUUCAGCAGGAGCCCCAACCUCAUUGCUCAUCAGCGAACCCACACAGGGGAGAAGCCGUACUCAUGCCCCGAGUGUGGGAAGAGCUUUGGCAAUCGGUCCAGCCUUAAUACACAUCAGGGAAUCCACACUGGAGAAAAGCCCUAUGAAUGUAAAGAAUGUGGCGAAAGCUUUAGUUACAACUCCAACCUGAUUAGACACCAGAGGAUCCACACAGGAGAGAAGCCGUACAAGUGCACAGACUGUGGGCAGAGGUUCAGUCAGAGCUCCGCUCUCAUCACUCACCGGAGAACUCACACGGGAGAAAAGCCCUAUCAGUGCAGCGAGUGUGGGAAAAGCUUCAGCCGCAGCUCCAACCUGGCCACACACCGAAGAACCCACAUGGUGGAGAAGCCCUAUAAGUGUGGGGAGUGUGGGAAGAGCUUCAGCCAGAGCUCUAGUCUGAUCGCACACCAGGGGAUGCACACAGGAGAGAAGCCCUACGAGUGCCUGACAUGUGGGGAGAGCUUCAGCUGGAGCUCCAACCUGAUUAAGCACCAGCGGAUCCACACGGGCGAGAAACCCUAUCAGUGUGGCGAGUGUGGGAAGUGCUUCAGCCAGCGCUCCCAGCUAGUGGUGCACCAGCGGACCCACACAGGCGAGAAGCCCUACAAAUGCCUCAUGUGCGGAAAAAGCUUCAGCCGGGGCUCCAUUCUGGUUAUGCACCAGCGAGCCCACCUGGGAGACAAGCCCUACCGGUGUCCUGAGUGUGGGAAAGGCUUUAGCUGGAACUCCGUUCUCAUUAUACACCAGCGAAUCCACACAGGAGAGAAGCCCUACAAGUGCCCCGAGUGUGGCAAAGGCUUCAGCAAUAGCUCCAACUUUAUUACGCAUCAGAGGACUCACUUGAAAGAGAAACUUUGCUGAAAUCGCCAAAAGAAACAUUGGGGCAGUGGGAGGUGACUGGGGGUUGGGGGGUGGCUGACCAAGGUGAGGGAAUUGACACAACUCCCCAAAUGGGUCCUUAACACAAGGGUGUCUGGUGUCUUGUUACAUAGAGCCCUCCUUCCACAGUCCUCUUUGGGAAUUUUUGCCAGAAAUGACACCCCUGCAUAUCCUUGUUCCUAAGAUCCCGCCCUCUUUCGUGGUCAAAGGUAAACCCCAUGGAGAGGAAAGAGCAAAGCACAGGCACAGCGGCUGGAAGAGCUGGGCCUUAUCUGUUACACUGAAUUACCCGAUUGGCUCACUCUUUCCUGAUUGCCUGUCUCCCCCUGGUAAAAUGUGGAAUGGAUUCUCUCUGCAGAGUAGAAGAUAGCCCUGGCUCCCAUCAUGGGCUGAGUCUUCAGAGACACUAGAAAGAGCGCUGGUAGUUCUGGUGGUUCUGUCACGACUCUGCUGGGCAAAGAGGUCCCUUCACCACAGCUGCGUAACGUUCCAGGGACCCCUCCCGAGUCAGAGCCAGCCUUCCUGGGUUUGAUGUCCUGGGCUUUAAUAGCAAGUCAAGAUAGAGGACCUUCUCAAAUUCUGUGCCAUCCACAAGAAGGUGAAGCCCCUCUCUACUUCCACAGGGUGUCAGGAGCAGAGACAUAACGGAGCACAGCCCAGAACCAAUGUCUCCUUUGAUGAGUCGGACAGAAGGGUCUAAACUCAGAAGAGGUGUCUGCUUUUGCUUCAGCUUGCCAUCCUGUGGGAAGUCCUGCACUCGGCAGGGUGGGCUUGUGUCUCUGCCCCCACAGAUAUGUAACCCCAUAGCCAUUUUUACAGUACUCUAUGCCCUUAUUUCCCUCUUCUUAUAUGUAUAUUUUUAUAUAUGCAGAUCUAGAAUUCUGUCUGUAUAUGAAGAACAUUAUUUUAAAGGAAGUGCUACUUUUGAGGCUACAUCUUCUGUCCCCUGGAGAGCACUGGGCUUGAGUCAGGAGUUUGUCCUACAAACUUCACCCUUGUUUUUUGGGGGAAUGCCACCAUGCCACUGGGGCUUUGUGUUGGGGGUCCUUGAGUGUCCAGACAUUGAGGCUCGGGGUAUGAUAGCAGGUGAAGGGGUUUACUGUAAGGGAAGGAGAGAGUAGUUAGGUUGCUGAGAAACAAACCACCUUCUGCACGUGGGGCUGGUGCUCAGAAAGGGUCCUCGUUCGUUCGUAAGGGAAGGAUGCUUAACAUUGCUUAAUAAAAUGGAGUCCCAUUCUUGUGAA